UAGGCCAAUUGUCAUAUUUGAGUAUCACAUUCAAAUUAUACAAGAAAAAUAGUCAGUCAAAUAUGAGUUCUAAGGCUGCAACCCAUGAGAUCAAGUUCACCAAACUCUUUAUUAACGGAGAAUUUGUUGAUUCCAUUUCAGGAAACACGUUCGAGACAAUAGACCCGGCGACAGAAGAAGUGUUGGCAACGGUGGCUGAAGGAAGAGCGGAAGACGUUGAUUUGGCCGUUAAGGCGGCCCGUGAAGCUUUCGACAAUGGACCCUGGCCUCGCUUGUCGGGCGAGGCGAGGCGAAAGAUUAUGUUGAAAUUUGCGGAUUUGAUUGACGAAAAUGCUGACGAGUUAGCGACCUUAGAAGUGAUCGACGGUGGAAAACUAUUCGGCCCCGUGAGGUACUUUGAAGUCGGAAUUUCGUCGGAGACAUUCCGCUACUUCGCGGGAGCAGCGGAUAAAAUCCGUGGAGCCACUCUCAAAAUGUCUAGUAACAUUCAAGCUUACACAUUACGCGAACCCAUUGGUGUAGUGGGACACAUCAUUCCUUGGAAUGGUCCCGCCUACAUGUUUGCCACUAAAGUUGCACCCGCUUUAGCCGCUGGGUGCACCAUGGUGAUCAAACCCGCUGAAACAACUCCUCUUACGGUUCUUUUUUUCGCUCACUUGUCUAAGUUGGCGGGUGUUCCUGAUGGUGUGAUUAACGUCGUUAACGGGUUUGGGAAAACCGCGGGCGCCGCUAUUAGCUCACAUAUGGACAUUGACGCGGUUACUUUUACCGGGUCCACUGAAGUCGGUCGAACCGUCAUGCAUGCUGCGGCAGCGAGCAAUCUCAAACCUGUGUCGCUCGAGCUCGGUGGGAAGUCACCCUUCAUUGUUUUUGACGAUGCCGAUGUUGAUAAAGCCGCGGAGCUUGCUCUUAUGGGAAAUUUAAUGAACAAAGGAGAGAUGUGUGUGGCGGGAUCUCGCAUUUUUGUUCAAGAAGGAAUCUAUGAUGUUUUCGUCAAGAAACUCGAAGCAAUGGUGAAAGCUUGGCCGAUGGGCGACCCUUUUGAUCUAGCCACUCGUCAUGGACCUCAGAACAAUAAACAACAAUACGAGAAAAUACUUUCGUGCAUUGAGCAUGGAAAGAAGGAAGGCGCGACUUUGGUAACCGGCGGUAAACCUAUUGGAAAGAAAGGAUACUAUAUCGAGCCAACUUUGUUCACCGAUGUUACGGAUGAUAUGACCAUAGCAAAGGAAGAAAUUUUUGGCCCGGUUAUCUCGGUCCUCAAGUUCAAGACUAUCGAGGAAGUGAUCAAGAGAGCAAAUGCAACAAAAUAUGGACUCACGUCUGGCGUGAUGACGAAAAACAUCGACACAGCAAACACAGUUUCAAGAUCUAUUCGUGCUGGUGCGGUGUGGGUGAAUUGUUAUAUAGCCCUUGACCGUGACGCACCUCAUGGAGGUUAUAAAAUGAGCGGGUUCGGAAGAGAACAAGGAUUGGAGGCUCUUGAGCAUUAUCUUCAAGUCAAGACGGUUGCCACACCCAUAUACGAUUCUCCAUGGCUCUAAACGUUGGUAACUUGUUAAUCGGUCAUAUAACUUAUUAUAACUAGGCCCGCGUCGGUCAAUUUCUUGAAUAAUUUUGUUUAAUGUAUGUGGUUCAAUGAAUAAUGAUAUGCAUAUGUCGUGCUAUUAAGUGAAUCUUUGGUUUUGCAAUUGUAAGUUCGAAAGCAAUCAAGGGGUUGGAAUAGAAUGAUACAAUUUUGUUGUAAUGUUUA